UGCAGAGAAAAUGGCCAGCCUACAGAGUCGAAGGACACUUCAAAGACUUUUCAGUCAAUAUAUCAGAGGAAAGCAAGGUGUAAACAGAAAGCAUUAUUCCACAGAAGGUACUCAGCACAUAGAUAAGAUCCUCAUUGCCAACCGCGGUGAGAUAGCCUGUCGUGUCAUACGGACUGCACGUCGUCUAGGAAUCAGGACUGUAGCAGUGUACAGUGAUGCAGACAAAGACUCUUUACAUGUUUCCAUGGCAGACGAGGCCUACAAUAUUGGACCUCCUGCAGCCACACAAAGUUACUUACGUCAAGAUAAAAUCAUGAAAGUUGUGAAGGAAUCUGGAGCACAGGCUAUACACCCUGGUUAUGGCUUCUUGUCAGAAAAUACUGAAUUUGCAGAGCUGUGUGGCAAAGAGGGUGUGGUAUUUAUUGGUCCUCCAGCCUCUGCCAUUAGAGACAUGGGAAUCAAAAGUACCUCAAAGACCAUCAUGUCUGCUGCUGGUGUACCGAUCAUUGAGGGUUAUCAUGGGGAGGAUCAAUCCAAUGCCACACUUGCUGCAGAGGCUGAGAAGAUUGGCUACCCUGUCAUGAUCAAGGCAGUGAGGGGAGGAGGUGGAAAGGGUAUGAGAAUUGCUCAUAGUCCUGAAGAAUUUGAGUCACAGUUGGAUUCAGCGAGAGCAGAGGGCCUGAAAUCAUUUGGUGAUGAUGUCAUGUUGCUUGAAAAAUUUGUUGAAACUCCAAGACAUGUUGAGGUACAGGUAUUUGGUGACAAGCAUGAUAAUUAUGUAUACUUGUUUGAGCGUGACUGCAGUGUACAACGACGCCACCAGAAAAUCAUAGAAGAGGCACCUGCUCCUGGGCUGUCGGAUGAAGUAAGAAGAUCAUUGGGUGAGGCCGCGGUGAGAGCUGCUAGGGCUGUCAACUAUGUUGGAGCAGGUACAGUUGAGUUUAUUAUGGACAAACAUCAAAAGUUCUUCUUCAUGGAGAUGAACACCAGAUUACAAGUGGAACACCCUGUCACGGAGAUGAUCACUGGAACAGACCUGGUGGAAUGGCAGAUCAGGGUUGCAAGUGGUGAGAAAAUUCCUGUUGAGCAGAAAGACAUACAGUUCAAAGGUCAUGCUUUCGAGGCACGUAUUUAUGCUGAGGAUCCUAACAACACCUUCAUGCCAGGGGCGGGGCCAUUAUUGCACCUGACCACGCCCACUUCGGAUGAUAAUACCAGAAUUGACACAGGAGUCAGACAAGGUGAUGAGGUUUCUGUUCACUAUGACCCAAUGAUUGCCAAGUUAGUGGUUUGGUCAGAAGACAGAGGUUCUGCACUACGGCGUAUCAAGUCUGCUCUUGCUGACUAUCAUGUGCUUGGUUUGAGUACAAAUAUCCAGUUUCUGAUGGACCUUGCAGACAAUCCCCACUUUGAGGCAGCACAAGUACACACUGACUUCAUUCCACAACACUAUAACGAACUGUUCCCGGAGAGAACAGUGUCCGACACUGCUCUCUGUCAGGCAGCAAUUUCCCUGAUACUACAGGAGGCUGAGAAGGCUAAGGACAGAUGUACCAAUACUCUAGAUCCAUUUUCACCUUUUACCCUGUGUACAGCUGUCAGGGUAAAUACACAACCCACAAGAAAAAUUAUUCUGCAAGACGGGGACCAAAAAGUUGAGAUUAAAGUUCAGUCAAACAGUGAUGGCUCCUACACCGUCAAAAUCAAGGAACGAGAAUAUCAUGUAACGGCCAAUCAGCGUAGAGAGGCUGGCGAGAUAAAAGUCACAUGUAACAUUGAUGGGAAAUUUUCUAAUGCUCACAUCGUACAGAUGGGCUCCUCCAUACAUGUCUUCUCCCUGGAUGGUAGACAGGACUUGUCAAUCCCUGUGCCCGAGUAUCUGGGAGCCUCUGGGUCUAAAGCCAGUACUGGGGACCCUGUAGCCCCCAUGCCCGGGGUUAUAGAGAAGGUGAUGGUUAAACCUUUGGACGUAGUGGAGAAGGGACAACCUCUUGUCAAAAUGAUAGCUAUGAAGAUGGAGUACGUCAUAAACGCUCCAAUGGCAGGAGUUGUAGAAAAAGUGUUCUUCAAGAAGGGAGAGACUGCAGCUAAGGGUUCCGUACUAGUCCAUGUCAAACCAAGCUCCGAGGAAGGGACAGAGUAAGGGUGCCGUACUAGUCCAUGUCAAACCCAGCUCCGAGGAAGGGACAGAGUAAGGGUGCCGUACUAGUCCAUGUCAAACCCAGCUCCGAGGAAGGGACAGAGUAAGGGCAGUGUGAUGGAUAACCUUAUGUAGGGAUUUAUGUUACAGAGAGUGGUGGUAUAUAAUAGAAUACAAAAUUCUUGUUAACGUUAUCAAAUAUUUACAAACCUGUGAGAUAUUUAAGUUAUAUGUUAUUAUUAUACUGUAUGUAUAAAAAUUUGUUAGCAUUCCUGUCACAAUUACAAUUUGAGGUUGUUAAGAAAUUUUGCUGGUUCAAAUGUUUGUGAUGGUACACCUGAGCCACAGUGAUACAAUAUACAUGUAUAUGAAUUUUUGAGGCAUAUUAGGAUCUUACAUGAGUUUUGAUUUUAUAUUACAUUUUAGGAAGCGAAUCAAUUAAAGAAGUUUGAAAGAUAUUCAAUUUAUAAAUUUAAAACUUUUAAGAAAAAUGUCACUUUUUAUGAUUUGACCAAUCAAAUCACUGCUUACAAAUGACAAUUGGGAAAAUAACAAGCUUAUCUGGUAUAUUUUGCUAUAAAAAUGUAAUAAACAGAAUAUCUAACAGUACUUAGUAAUACCAAAAUAUUAGCCCCACACAGGAAAUAUAUUUGGUAUUACUGAAGAUACUGUUAGGUAUCCUCUGUUUAUUUUGCGAGUGAGUACCUGGUAUAACUCAGAAAACGUCAUGAUGUAUGACAUCACAAUCAAUUUCUGACUGGCACAGCCGAUGAAAAACAAUCCAGGGUAUAUUACACUUAAGUGACAUAUGCAAAAAUAUUACACUGGUGAAUUCACUGUGUGACGGGUUGAUUAUGUGAUAAUUGGAUGUUAGGUAGCCAAUUUUUAUGUUAGGUAACCAAUUUUUAUGUUAGGUAACACAUUUUUUAUUGUAAUGUCUUAUUUUACAAACAACAGACAUCAGCUGUUAUGUAAUACUGCUGAACUUAAAGGCCAGAUCAUGAUAUGGAAUGAACUUCCUGCACAGAUACUAUAAAGUAUUUAUAUGUUAGUCUACACUUCACGACUUUGUUAACAUCAAGCCUCAGUGUACAUACUGGUACUGGUCAUUUGACUGAUGAAGAGUAAGGUCAUAAAAACAUUACAUAUAAAAUCUACAAUGAAAGUAAAUCAUUAAUAAGGUACAUACCUUUUUCAAUAUAUCACAAAACUUGAAACUUUAUCAAAAUAUCAUAUCAGGUUCAUCUUUAUCUUUAUUUGUUUCUACAUUUUGUCUAUAUGCAUGAUCUGUGAAAAAUUCAAUUGAUGCUCCAAAUAGACAGGAUUUUAUAUGAGAUUAUUUACAAAAGUUAAUUUCAGUAAAACUAGAGAUGUUUGAGGUUUUUGAUAACUGUCAUGUACAGUUAUAAGGAUGGUCUCACAGUUGGUAGAAUAUGAUUUUAACAUACAUGCUGAAAUGAACAAAUUGCCAGUGAAUCCGUAUACGUAUAAACCACCAGGAAUUUCACACAAUUUCCAACCGUUCUGUUUUUACAUGUGUAUUAUGCUGCACAGGUAUGGACAGUGUGUUGAAAGUGUGUACCAAGUCCCCGUGGCUUAAACAAAUCGGAAAUCUAUGAAAACUGAAAGAAAGUUUUAUUUGUGAACAAAUGAGCAUGAUUUUGCCAACGUGAACAUCACUGUACAUAAAUACAUUCUGUAGCUAUCCCAAAUAUGACUAUACAGAACAGUAAGGAGAAAUUAAUGGACUAUUAGGUGAUGGAGACUAGAUGGAUAAUCAGAGUUAGGUAAUUGAUGGUAAAAUAAUGUCUUUCUUCCCACUUUCUUCAUAUUUAUAUCUAACUUGUUAGUAAAAUAGUCUGUACUGUAAUUCUAAUGUCAUUUCUUAAUAAGUUUGUGUAGUUGAAGUUAUGUUACUUUAACAAGAUGUUAUUACUGAGGAUAUUUUACAUUUCAGUGUUAAGAUCAAGACCAUUGUUAAUAAUUCAUGAAUGAAAAUUUGCAUUUUCAUAGCUAAAACAUAAGACAACAAUUUAGAGGUUUGGCAGUAUUCUGUAUAAUUUGUCUUCUUUUUGUAAAUCUUUAUAAAAAGGAGAUUUGUUUUGUUUCUUUUCCAUUAUUUAUGAGAGAAUGUUUAGAAUGUUUUUGAUGUAAAUAUAUCUGUGUCUGUUUGUGUAGCAUGAGUAAUGAAAGAACAUUUUAUGUGAAAAUGUAUUUGAUACUCAAAAUAUGUUUUUCAAAAUAUUUUUCAAAUGUGUGAUAUAUCAGAUGAAACUAAAAGAAUAAAUUGUAAAAAAAGAAACACA